UCGACGGCUUCUCAUCGGAGGACAGAGACAGAGACAGGGAUUUGUGGAGCUUCAUGAUGAACCUGGGCAUCAGUAGGGAGGACCUGGAGCUGUUCCAGCAGGAUGAGAUGUUCCUCGAUGUGGAUCUGGACACUGGCCGAGACCGCCUCCUUCCUGACCUGACAGACGAGAUUCUCUCCUACGUACAGGAGUCUCUGAGGAAGAGGUCGGACUGGGGUCAGACUGUAUUAUCUUGCAGGGGGGCUAAGUUAGGGGAACAGGACUAUAGCAGCCCUACCAUGCUGUUACACCAACCAUCUAUGGAACAAUCACAAACCCCACAUCUACAUUCUACUACAGUUCUGUUACACCAACCAUCAACCUCACAACCACAUUCUUCUACAGUGCCUCAGUGUCAGUCACAGAUACAGCCACCACAGCUGCCUGUAGUCCAUCCCCUAUCAGUUCACCACUAUCGGCCUCCUCCCCACUACCCACAGCAGCCAAUACCGCAGCAGUGUUUACACACACAGCCCCACCCACAGGCAACACAGCAGCAGAAACAGAGCCGUCUAAAUGGACAGGUAUUGCCAAACCAACAGCAGCAGCAGCUGUGUAACAGACUGAAGCACAUGCAGGUGACUGGGACGGGUUCAAUAACACAAAGACAGAAAGACAUCACCAAGCAGCAGCAGCAGAUUCCUCCAUUGUUCAAUGUGGAGCAGCCAGGGGGGCUCCAGACUCGCCACGGCCACCCCCAGCAAGGGCACCUCUGCCUGGGGGAAGCUUCCCUGGGCCUCCCCUACAGGAACCAGCUGAACACUUUGUCUGUUAGCCGCUCUUCAGUGCUCUCCUCCUAUGUACCCACCACGGGCCUCCAGAGCCAGGGGGUGGACGGAGACCUCAUGCCCCAGAAUUUGGAGGAGUUCCUGGGCAGCCUGGAGUCCAGUGGUCCCCGAGGGACAGAGGAUGGUAGGGGAGCCCUCCAGUGGAGUGUGGUGGAGGCCCUGGGUGUGUUCCAGCAGCAGAGGCACCUCCCUGACGGCCUGGCUCAGUCUCAGGCCACCAGCCAGGGCUGCGCUCAGCAUGCCUAUCCCCUGGCUAUGGAGCUCAGCCAGGUCAAUAGAGCAGAGUGGCCAUUCACCACACAGUUCCAGAACGGGAGCCUGAAGGAGGCUGGUCCAGCCCCUGGCCCUAUACCCAACCCUGGGUCCUCCAGGGGGGCAGACCAUGGACAUGCAGCAGCGAAGCUGCCAAUUCACCAGCCUCCUCCUCCCUCUGCUGAGAGCACGCCCUACCCUGACCUCCCUCUGAGUGGAUUUAUGUGAGACUGAAGGCCCUCCUCCCUGGAGGCUCCAGAACCAGACAUUCCAAGGCCAGCCAGCUGCCCCCGGUCCCUCGGAGGGAGCAGAGCCCUGACUGACGACAGCGCCACACAACAGAGGCUAGAGGGAUAAGGAUCCUCCUGUCUGGCACCCAGCUGCACAU